GAGGUCCAUCCGUGCAAAAAGAUGAAGGGAGAGAAAAAAUCUGGUACUACGUCAUCCCUCUGGUUUUCGACAUUUCUAGUACCGUCUAUUAUCACUACGAGUAGUGAACUUAAGCUUGAAGAUGAGGAACAACCAAUAAACCAAAACUGAAACCCUUUUAUUUUGCAAGAUUAGCAUGGCCUUACGAAUGCCAGGACAGUUGUUGCUCAAGCCUCCCAAUUGUCUGCUACCUGUAGUAGGAGGAGUUAGUGUGAUAGUUAGAACAAGAAAAGCUAAUAAUUCAUUGUUUUCGAACUUGUGUUUUUAUGGAGUGAACCCCAGGUUGUGCAUAAGGGCCUGCAAUGAUGGAGGGGGUGAAAUUUAUGUUAACCCUCAGCAUUCUUCUUCACCUGCUGAUGUUGAUAUGUUAAAGGAUAGCUCUGGUGAUGGUUACAUUGCGUUGUUUGUUCGGAUGCUUGGCUUGGACCAUGACCCUCUGGAUAGAGAAGAGGCAGUAAUUGCUCUCUGGAAGUAUUCGCUUGGAGGGAAGCAGUGUGUUGAUAUGAUAAUGCAGUUUCGAGGUUCUGUUAAUCUGGCUGUGAACCUUUUAAGGUCUGAGUCCGAUGCUGCUUGCGAAGCAGCUGCUGGUCUUUUGAGGAUGAUGUCCUCAGUCAAUAUUUAUAGAGAUCUUGUUGCAGAUAGUGGUGCAAUAGAAGAGAUAAACGGCCUCCUCAGACGUUCUUCCCUCUCCCCAAAUGUGAUCGAGCAGAGCUUAUGUACGUUAUGGAAUUUAUCUGUGGAUGAGAAACUCAGAAACAAAAUUGCCAACUCUGAUCUCCUGCCUUUACUAAUAAAGUUCCUGGAGGAUGAAGAAGUGAGAGUGAAGGAGGCAGCUGGAGGGGUUUUGGCAAAUUUGGCAUUGACUGCUUCUAAUCACAAGAAUAUGAUUGAAGCAGGUGUCAUUCCAAAAAUGGCAAUGCUCUUGAAAACUGAGGUGGAGGGAUCUCAGGUCAUUAAAAAGGAAGCGAGAAAUGCGUUGCUGGAACUUGCUAAAGAUGAGUACAACAAGAUUCUCAUCAUGGAGGAAGGUCUUCUCCUGGUCCCUUUAGUUGGUGCAGCUGCCUACAAGUCCUUCAGACCAGCUCUGUAUUCGUGGCCUUCUUUGCCUGAUGGUACCAAAAUUGAACAGAACCCAAAACCUUCAAGAUAUGGUGCCUCUGAAUUACUUCUUGGAUUAAAUAUUGAGGAUAAUAAUGCGAACAUUGAGGAAGAAAAGGUGAAGGCAAUGGUAGGACGCACUCGACAGCAAUUUCUUGCACGUAUUGGGGCAAUAGAAACUGAAGAAGAGAAUAAAUCCCGUGGUGAACUCUCUUCAAAUUCAAGGUUUACUCUUUUGCCGUGGAUGGAUGGCGUGGCUCGCUUGGUUUUGAUUCUUGGACUUGAAGAUGAGUCAGCAAUUGCUAGAGCUGCAGAUGCCAUUGCAGAUGUGUCUAUUAACGAACAUAUGCGGGUUUCUUUUAAAGAAGCAGGUGCUAUAAACCCUCUUGUUCGGCUAAUUAACCAUCCCAGUGGCACUGUUAAAUUAGCUGUUAUUCGGGCUCUAGAGAGACUGUCUAUCAGUAAUGACGUUUGCCAAAGGAUGGAAGCAGAAAAUGCUUUGUACUCAUUGAUUUACUUGCUCAGUAACUCAGAGAUCUCUAAGAGCUUGACAAGAACGCUAUUGGACGUUCUUACUCGGAUCCUAGAUCCGAGCAAAGAAAUGAAAUCAAAGUUUUAUGAUGGACCAGUUAAUGGGUCAAUGAAGGCAUGGAGUGCAGCAAGAAAUGCAGGGUUGAUGGGAAAUGAAAACGCGAAAGUUGCAUCAACUACCAGUUGGGAAACUGCCAAUGUGGGGGAUCUCUUAGAUUCUACUGUUCUAUCUCGCCUAGUUGAUAUCAUGAGGACAUCAUCCCCGGAUUUGCAGAGGAAAGCUGCUUCUAUCCUUGAGUUUGCUGCAGUUAUUGAGCCAUGCACGGAAAAGAUCUUGUCCAUUGACCUAGAAGCUGGUCUAGAUGCUGUUUUCCAGCUGAAAGCUUUAAAUGACACAGAAUCUGAAAUAGAUAUGCAGAAGCCAGAACUACAUGCCCUUGAGGUAGAAGAGGCAGGUCACGCGAUAUCUGCAGCAUCCCGAUUACUUACAAGACUGCUGGACUUUGAGCAAUUUUGUCAUAAAGUAAAUGCACCUCAUUUCACAAAGUUGCUGCGGAAGGUUCUCAAAUCCGAUGUCCCUCUUUACCACAAAGACUGGGUUGCUGCCUGUCUUGUGAAGCUCAGCUAUCUCUCUUGUCGAAAUUUUGACUAUGAUAAUCCGAUCAACUUAGAGGUAACUCUUUACGAGACGAUCCCAAGGCUGAUAGAACAGAUCAAGACCUCGGUGUAUUCACCUGAAGUACAAGAGGCUUCUGUUGUAGAACUCAACAGAAUAAUCUCUGAAGAGGUGGUGAAUUACACUAGAGCGGUAGCUGCAGAGGGAGGGAUAUUUCCAUUGGUGAAGCUGCUUGAAAAUGGCAGCGAGCGAGCUGUUGAAGCAGCUCUGGCAAUACUGUAUAAUUUGAGUAUGGACAGUGAGAAUCAUGCUGCAAUUAUAGCUGCAAGAGCUGUGCCAAUUUUGAGAAGACUUGUACUAGCUCAAAGGUCACAUUGGAUGCGAGCUCUGAGAUUGCUUAGGACAUUACCUACAUGACCAAUUCAGCUAAAUCCUUUCUGACAGUUGUAAAAUAAAAAUAUUGAGCUCAUCUUGUCAGUCGUUUAUUAAGCCUUCUUUAUGCAAAAUCCUGUAUUUAGUCUUCAAGGUAAUUUCUUCUGUGAAUUGAGCCAAUAACAAGUAACUAGAGCUAUAUUUCUAAUAAAAAGAGAGAGAUGUGGCAUCAUUGACUCUUUAAGUUUUGGGUUA